UAGUCUCAGCUAACACACGCAGCCGCCAAACUCUUUCCUCGCUUUCUCUCUGCUCCCAUCAAUCAACGCCGCCAGCCACAGAUUCGUCGUCGCCGGUCGCCCACCAGCGGCCUUGUCCAUCUUCCCCUCUUCUCUUGCUUCCCCGUCCCUUGAUACAUCUCGAUCCAUGCGACAACUGGGUGGGGCAAAAGUCAGCGCGCGACGGUGUUGGCCUGGCGACGGGAGAACCGGCGUGAAGUCCGACGACAGCGGCGGCGACGAUGCAGGGGCUAGGAUCCAUGGUUGAUUUGUUCCUUUGUGAAAACGAUAAAUCAAACCGUCUAUGCGUCUGGAAGGUGUUAGGAGGCAGUAACAAACUGACUUAGCCUUAGGCUCUCUCUGUGGAGGCCACAUUUUGAGAAGUGAGGGUAGUCUACGAUGGCAGAUGCCAGCCCUAGAACAGAUACAUCAACAGAUGAAUCUAACGAAAGCCACAGGGUCGUACUUGCAAGCCACCUUGCUUUUAAGGCGUCGCCUAGGCGUCCAGACGAGCUGCGAUUCUGGGCGUCGGCGUCGCCUAGCCAAAAGAGGGGAGAGAGGGAAGAAGGGAGCAUGGAGAAGAGGAAGAGCAAGAGGGGAACCAAGGAACUAGCAGGCGGCACGGCUCUCUCCCUUCGCCUUCCCCAUCCUCGUCGGAUCCGGUGUGACGGAUGGCACAACUUUGCCCCCACUCAACUGUGGCGCCGGUGAUCUGGAAGGUGGUGGCGGCGGUGCUCCAUCUGGAUAGGAGCAGGGGAAGGGGACAAUUCAGGCCCGAUAGAGACACUUGGGGGUGGCGGCGCUCGCCACUUGUUGCGGGGCUGGUGGCGUCAGGGACUCGAGAGCUUGAACCAGGCCCAGGUGCUCUUGUUGUUGCUUCCGACUCCAGUGACAGAUCCAAGGACAGACAUGGAGAUCAAAAGACACUGCGCCGACUUGCUCAAAAUCGCGAGGCUGCAAGGAAGAGUCGUUUGAGGAAGAAGGCAUAUGUUCAACAGCUGGAGAAUAGCAGGCUAAAACUUACCCAACUAGAGCAGGAGUUGCAACGAGCCCGUCAGCAGGGCAUUUUUAUAUCUAGCUCGGCUGAUCAGUCACACUCCAAUAGUGGAAACGGGGCAUUGGCUUUUGACAUGGAGUAUGCACGGUGGUUGGAAGAACACAAUCGGCAAAUUAGUGAGCUAAGGGCUGGAGUUAGUGCUCAUGCAAGUGAUAAUGAUCUCCAUAGUGUUGUUGAAAAGAUCAUGUCACACUACGAUGAGAUUUUCAGGCUAAAAGGAAAUGCAGCCAAGGCAGAUGUCUUUCAUGUGUUAUCAGGCAUGUGGAAGACACCAGCAGAGAGGUGUUUCUUGUGGCUGGGAGGUUUCCGACCAUCUGAGGUUUUAAAGCUUCUUUCAACACAGCUUGAUCCUCUCACGGAGCAGCAGCUGUCAGGGAUAGGCAACCUUCAGCAGUCUUCACAACAGGCCGAGGAUGCUCUUUCACAAGGAAUGGAGGCCCUUCAGCAGUCCUUGGCAGAAACCUUGGCUGGGUCUCUUCCCUCUUCUGGAUCAACAGGAAAUGUGGCAAAUUACAUGGGUCAAAUGGCCAUGGCCAUGGGAAAGCUCGGAACUCUUGAGAAUUUCCUUCGUCAGGCUGACAACCUGCGGCUGCAGACCCUACAACAGCUACAAAGGAUCCUGACCACUAGGCAGUCUGCUCGGGCUUUUCUUGUGAUAAGUGAUUACUCUUCACGGCUCCGUGCCCUGAGUUCUCUCUGGCUUGCCCGGCCGAAGGAAUAGCGAUCACAUGUGAUUUGACUUCAAUACUUUCACAGUUUGGGGUUUGCCGGUGAUGUUAUCUGGAAGGUUUGACAAGACUGCAACAGACUUGAUUCGGAGACAUCUGCACAUACUAUAAUGCAAAGGGAUGCUGUGUUCAUGUAGCUUAGUCAUAGAAUUAAUUGCGUCAGUUCCUGGUUCAUGUUGUAUUAUCAACCGCUGUAAAAUUGAUAUUUCCUUCUUUUCAGCAUUACCCUUGCGUCAUUAUGAUCC